AUGAAUCCUACACUACUGAUAUAUUUGGCCAUAUGUGCCGGUUCAAGUCUGGCUGACUUGGUGUUUGCCCCAUACAAAUCUGCGGAACAAUACAAAUGUGGAAGUUUUAUGGAAGAUCGGAAUGGUAGAAAAGCUGAUGUCGUAUUAAGCUUCUACUACAGUACAAUCGACCAAUUCAUCACUCUGAUAUCAUCACCAUUCCCACAUCAAGAUCUUCUCAACGACAAAGCCCUCACUGGAGAUGUCGACGAACUUCAGUCAUCCGUGGAGAAGAAAUACUGGCAGUGGAUCGAGUGGCAAAAAGGAUGGAUUGCGCUAAGUGUCGGACUUGUGGCAAUCAGUGUUCUGUUUGUUGUGUUCUACGUUUUUUACAAGUUCUGCGUUUGCAUUUGCUCUCGGUCAUCGAAAAAACAAAAUACUGAUGCAAGAUAUGACGGAUGUAAAAGAAGCAUGUGCAAUCUUUUUCUUUUUGCACUCGUCAGUGCUAAUGCAUUCGUUGCAUUCACUCUUCUCAUGACAAGUCAAUAUGCACAAAUUGGAUUGGACAAACUUCCAAACCGUAUGAAUCAGUGUAUUGAUGAUUUGCAGUCGUACAAACGAGACAGUGAUAUGAAAAUCCGAAAACUUCUCAUCGACGACUACCAAGUGCUCAACACCACUAUUACCCGACAAUUGUCAACUGCUGGACAUAAUGUGGUGGAUCGUGUCAAAAAACUGACUGGCGCGCAUGUAAUUGACGUUUUCAUGAACGUUAGCAAAGUGGCGCAAGAGAUGCACGAUGGAUUAGAGUCGGUUCAUGGGAAGGUCAGAUUUUUGAACGAAGAAGGAGCGCGAUUUGAGGCCGAGUUCUCACGAUUACGGAACACGGCUAAUGAAGAGCUCGUCAAGUGUCUGGAGAACGAGCUUGAGCCAGUUAGAAGUAUGUGUGCAAAAGCCGAACGACUUCUCGAGAGUCUCGCUGUCACUCAAUUCAAAAUUGACCAAAAAUUCCUUCCGGACGCCACAGAAAAUGGGCUGUCGGAAAUUGUCAACGCGAAUAUAACUCAAGUGCUCGCAGCGUCAAAUGCUCAAUUCGAGCAACUGGAGAAUCGGAUUCAGCAUGAAAUUGACAGAGAAACACAUUCUGCUCAAAACAUGCUGAAGCAAAUCGGUGAUGACCUAUUUCUUGUAGCAGAGACAAUAUCUACUCAACUUAGAAAAGUUACAUUUGAGACAUUGUACAGCUCCGUCUCCUACAUUUCUGAUCCCAAAAAGACACCAACAAUGAAAUUCAUACAGUACAGUUGGUAUGUUUCGCUAGUUGUUACGAGUCUAUUCAUCUUACUGGCGUUGAUUUUCUUGUUCGGAGUUCUAUAUGGAAUCUGUGGAAGACGACCAACAUACUACAACGAUGACUGUUGUGUUCGAAGCACCGGCGGCAAGUUCUAUGCAUUUGGAAUUUGGGCUUUCCUUCUUAUUUUCAUCUUCUUGGCUGUUGGAACUGCUGUCCUCAUGUUUUCUAUUGGGAACUUCUCCAAUCUUGUGUGCCAGCCUAUGAGAAAUCCCUUGAGUCACCCGGAUUCUUUAUCGCUGGCAGAGAGAUAUAUCAAUCUUUGGAAAGCAAAUCACACACCAGAAAAUGAUAUCGAAGUGACACUUGAAUCAAAAUCACCGGCGGAAGUCAUUAGGGCAUGCUCGAGAAAUGAAACUUUGUACAAUUUCUAUGAUUUCGACAAGAAAUAUCAUCUGAACAAACUGCAGGAUUUUGAAAAGGACGCCUACAACCAGUUGCAAAUUUUCUUGAGGACAACUAUGGAGAAUAUGCCAGAGAUCCGUCCACUUGAUGCUUUCAUUUCAAGAGGUGAACUCAAGGAUUUGGAGAAACUCGCAGCGGUUAACGUGUCGAAAGUCAGCCAGCAGGGACUGAAUGCGAUUAAACACGCCAUGGAUGAGUUGGAUCUGGUUUCCAAAACUCGAGAAUUCGAAGAUUCAUUGGAUGCCAACACCGGACGGCCUAAGGCAGUUACACUCGUUCUUGAGCAAAUCAGAGAACUUGAAGCACAGUUUGCGAAACCACUCAGAAGUCGAUUAGAUGCUCUUUACACCAAUAUUACUUCUUUGGAUGAAAAACUAUCCCAACUCCAAGUCCCAGUAUCCUCUCUUCUAGUGAAACUUCAACACGCGCAAGCUCUACUUGCUGAAAACAUGAAGGAACACUUCGGUAAUGCUGCCAAGGAAGAAUUCCAGCAAAUGGUUAACAACAUCGACCAAUACAUCAAUCAUGUCAAGAAUCAGAUGGAAGGUGAGGUCACGUCUUGCCAACCGUUGACACAAAUUGCCAGACAAACAACAGCUGCCAUUUGUAACUACACCAUCGACCCAUAUAAUGGAACAUGGAUGUGUAUGUUGAUUUGCCUGGUACUACUGGUUCCUAUCGUGAUGAUUUCCAAUUCUCUGAUAGGGCUCUACUCAAAAAUGCACGCAUUCCCAAAAUACAUAGUGGAGCCACCAUCAGAAACACAUCAUAUGUCCUCAUUCAUAACAGACACCUAUGACACUAGGCCAAAACCUGGAUACGCCAACUACACCUACACAGACGAUUACCAACGGAACUAUCGGUGA